AUGCCGCAGCAGCGUGGACCGCGAGAAGAGCGCUGGAGCUUCGGAAGCGCAGCGGCGCAGAUGUACGCGAUGGGGGGCGUUGACGUCCGAUGUUUCUCGGGCCGAGGCUGUGAGGGAGCGGGGGGGGGGCAGCAAGAAGUGGUGCUGGAUAUGGACCGUAGAGUCGACAUCUUGUUUGACGUGGUGGGGCGCCUGGGCAAGUUCGCUGUGCAGGACGAUGUGGCAAAGCACCGGUUUUCGGCGUGGGAGGGUGAGACGCGGGCGUCGGCCAAGCGGAUCAGGGCCUUUUUUACGGCGCACCUGUUGCUGGCUCGAAGCGACCGGUUCAAGGGCGCUUUCGCGACCGCGUUCAACCGGGACUUCGAGGAGUGGGCGCUCGGGGUGGCGGAGAGGGCCUUCGAGACCGCGCCGUGGUCGGGGAGAAUCCCUUCGGCGAAGGCGGGCGACCUCCCCCCUAUCCCGCCGAUAGCGCUCGACAUGACAUGGACACUGUUCACACUGGCGCCGUUGAUGGAGUUCUUGGGCAACAGCGACGACGACGACGACGACGAUGACGUCCCGCAGGGCAUGGGAGGAGGCGGGGCCAGCAGCUGUGGAAGCAGUAACACAGGCAAUGGCGCUGGGGGGAAGGGGCGGGGGCACCGACGACUGGCGGCGGCGCGGGGGGGUGAGGGUGGCGGCGGCGGGAUCACCCGUAGGACGAUGAUAGCCCCCGCGACGGAAAACAAGGACGCGGCGUGCCACGCCUUCAAGGAAAGCGGGGUGUGCACGCACGCCGCCAGGACGAGGGUCGAGUGCAAGUACCAACACCCGGGAGGGGAGAGCCACGAAGGGGUGGUGGUCCACGCCAAGGCGGGCCAGAAGCGGAAGAGGGGGUAG